CACUUGUAUCAUUUUAGUCAUUAUAAUUUUUGGGUAUUGCAACACUGUGCUUCCUCAAAGACGACGAUUGGCCCGCUAUCUCUCGGUUCUCAAGCUGAUUGGUCGAGAGGGAUGGGGUGUGAUUAAAAGGAUUAAAAAAAAGGUGGCUAAAUUGAGGAAUCUAGAAAAACGCUUCUGCUGGUAAUGGCGAAAAACGAUUGUGUACGCUUGUUUGAUUUUGAGUGUAAAAGGAAGAAUAAAUCUACAAUUUCCGUGAAUACCUGGUUUUAUUUUAUAUCAGAAGUGACAAAGGACCCAAAAAGCAUCAAAGUACGAUGAGCCCGUAUCCUGAAGAAGAGAGGCGCAAGCGGGGGCGGCAUGAGAAGCGGCGUCGACGAGAUGGGACGCCCAGUUCAUCUAGUCUGACAAGUAACAGCAGUAAGAACAGUAGCAGCCGACGGAGAGACAGACGUCACCGCAGGUCUCGCAGAUCACGGUCGUCGAUGGCCGGUGAACUGUUGAAGGUGCUGCAGAUUUUAAAAGACGAUUCAAGUAAGACGUCCUCUUCUAUUAACAAUAACCAACUGCACAAUGUUAUUCCUGAGUUUGAUCCGUCACUUCGGACUCAGAGUAUAGAAUGCUGGAUAAGAAAGGUUAAUGAAUGUGCCGUUAUAUAUAAAUGGGAUGAUGCACAGAUUAUUCAUUUUGCACUGCAAAAGCUGGUAGGUUAUGCUAAGACAUGGUUUGAAGCCCUUCCAACAGUAGUAUUCACCUGGAGUGAGUGGCAAGAGAAGCUUAUGAAGGCGUUCCCUAGUGAGGAAAAUUAUGGAAAGCUUCUAGAAGAAAUGUUAGCCCGUGUGUCACGGAAUGAUGAAAAUUUACGCGAGUAUUACUAUGAUAAGUUGACUUUAUUAAACAGAUGUCAAAUUAUAGGGAAAAGGGCCGUAGACUGUAUUAUUCACGGAAUUCAUGACAAAUCGUUGCGAAAUAGUGCACAGGCACUAAAAUGCCAGGAACCUGAAGACAUGUUAAAUUUUCUCAAUGCACAAAGUUAUGUAGAACUUAACACAAGUGGCAUGCAGAAGAGGCGCGACCGAAUUUUCCGAAAUCGAUUUUCCAACGCAUCAUUUAACUCAACGUCAAAUUCUGCUGAAUCCGGAUUAGACUGCUACAAUUGCCGAGCCAAGGGACAUACAUUCACGAAAUGUCCCAAACCAUUACUCAAAUGCACGAAAUGUCACAGAAUAGGACAUGACAGUGAUCAUUGUAGGGCAAUUAGGCCUCUGGGUAAUCAGGGUAUCCGUACAGAAAAUAGAGACGGGGAUAAAACGAAAACUACUCUGAAGGUUUCGACAAAUAAUCCUAAUGACAAAUACUAUAAGCCAAUAACGAUCAACGGUAAGAGUUCUGUAGCUUACAUAGAUUUUGGUAGCGAAUGCACUUUGAUGCGCGAUACGGAUGCUCAGAAGUUUAAUCUCACCAAGUGUCCUGGUAGUCUGCCCAUAGUGAAGGGUUUCGGUAACUCUAACAUUUCACCGUUAUAUAAAACGUUUGCUUGUGUAAAGGUUGAUGAGGUUGAAACUUCUCUUGAAAUUCUGGUUGUCAAUGAUGAUUUGUUACAGACGUCGGUUUUAAUCGGACAAAACUUUACAGAGCUGCCGGCUGUGACAGUUCUUAAGGACAGCGACACUUUGCUGUUUUAUAGCAACCCAACAUUUAGUAUAGCAGAAAACCCGAAUGAGAGAAUUGAUUUAAUAACGUCUGAGUGCGUUAAUGUAGUGCAAACGCAACUGUUACCUGUAUUUACUUCCGAAAAGACUUUCACUGGUGAUGUAUAUGUUGAAGGAUAUUACUGUCACGAACCGGGAAGGGAGUACCAUUUGCAUCGUGGUGCAUAUCGAAUAAAAGAUGGUCAAGGUCAUAUUGUAGUCACAACUAUGUCUCGUAAGCCCGUAGAACUGUGUGGACAAACCGUUAUCGCGAGAGCACUCAAAUUUGUUGAAAAGCAAGUUCUUCACGUGAAUAGAAUCCAUACUGACAAUUCAAAUGUAGAACCUUUAAAAAAGGAGGAAAUUCACGUUGGCUGCAAUAUUGACGAGAAAAGUUUAGAUAAGUUAUACGAAUUACUCCAGUCGUAUCGUGACUGCUUUGCAACCAAUUUGAGUGAAAUAGGUUGUACAAAUCAAGUAGAGAUGCAAAUUGAUUUAACGGAUGAUAAGCCAGUGGUAUAUAGACCAUACAGACUUUCGUUUUCUGAACGCGAACAGGUCAAGCAGAUAGUUGACGAAUUAUUAGAGAAUGAUAUAAUCCAAGAAUCUUGUUCCAACUAUGCAAGUCCCAUUCUGAUGGUAAAGAAAAAAACCGGAGAACAGCGUCUGUGCGUGGAUUUCAGGGCCCUAAAUAAUAAAACUGUAAAAGACAAGUUUCCUUUGCCGUUAAUAGAUGACCAACUUACUAAUCUAAGUGGGAACAAGUUCUUUACUACUCUAGACCUUGCAUCCGGUUAUUAUCAGGUCCCGUUGGCAGAGAAAAGUAGGCACUUAACAGGUUUUGUCACACCCGACGGACAUUAUGAAUUCAAGAGAAUGCCGUUUGGGCUAGCUAAUGCUCCAGCUGUGUUCCAGCGCAUGAUGAAUGUUAUGUUGGGUCACAGGAGGUUCCAUUCUGUCCUGGCUUAUCUGGAUGAUCUCCUCAUUCCCUCUAAAACUAUCGAAGAGGGUUACAAUAAUCUGGAGGAAAUUUUGAAACUUCUUAGGGAAUUCGGUUUGACUCUAAAAUUAUCUAAGUGCCAUUUUUUCAACGAGUCCUUAACAUAUCUCGGUUAUGAAGUUUCCGAAGAAGGUAUCAAACCCAGUCAGGAAAAGAUACUAGCUGUAAAGGAAUUCCCGGUACCCAGUAAUAUUCAUGAAGUGCGUCAAUUCUUGGGCUUGUCUAGCUAUUUCCGCAAGUUUGUCAAGGGUUUUGCUGACCGCAUGAGGCCAUGGAUUAAUUUUAAAGCUUUAGAAAUCGAAAACAGUAGUUCAAGUGAAAGCAGUGGUGCUGCGUCAGCUGACGAUAACGAUAAUCCUUAA